GAUGGGUUGGGCUGUUCUCCCUGCUCAUGCAGACAGACAUCACACCUCAGCAUCAGGCUCCUCUGGUUAUGACUCCCAGAUCUUUUGCUAACAAACAGCUGUUUCUCUGAUGCCAAUCUCUGACUCAUUUACUCAAGAAAUAUGAGCCCCACCGAGAAAAUCCUGUGGAAUACCACACCAUCAAUUGGAAUAAGUACCCCAGAUUAUUAUUAUGAUUAUGGAAAUGACAGUUUAAUAUUUCUGGAUGAUGACGAUUCUGUGCGCUUUGGGGGACUGUUUUCUGGUGUCUUCUACUGCGUGAUAUUCACCUUGAGCCUGGCUGGGAACAGUCUCCUCUUCUGGACUCUGCUGAAGUUCGAGAACCUCCAAAGAGCGCCCAACAUGUUUCUGAUGAACCUGACCGUGUCCGACCUGAUCUUCACCAUCCCCCUCCCCUUCUGGGCCGUGUACCAGCUGCACGAGUGGGUGUUUGGGGAGGUGGCCUGCAGGGUCUUCAGCGUGCUCUUUUUCAUUGGCUUUUACAGCUAUAUGGCCUUUCUGGUCAUAAUGGCUGUGGACCGCUACACGGCGGUCGUGCGCGACGUGAUGUCCUGGAAGGUGCGGCAGCGAAAUAAGCUCCGCGCCGUAUGCAUCGGCGUCUGGAUCCUCUGUAUCACCGCCAGCCUCCCGGAGGCGCUGCUCUCCGAGGCGAGAUCCAGCACCAACGGCACCCUGUGCGAGUCAGUGGAGCGUCAUCACACCCUGCGGCUGUUCAUGUACUACAUGCACAUAAUCGUGUUCUUCCUCGUCCCCUUCGCCGUCAUUCUUUACUGCUACGUGAGAAUCUGGACACGCAUCUGGAAGUGCAAAUCGAAGAAAAAACAACAAGCUAUAAAGCUCAUACUUGGCAUCAUAAUAGGAUUUUUUAUAUGCUGGGCUCCGUACAAUAUUGUUCUCCUCGUCAAAUCCCUGCACUUACAGGAUACUGCAAGCCAGGCGAACAAAAGCCUUAAUUACUCAUACUAUGUUUGCCACUGUCUGGCCUACAGCCACUGCUGUCUCAACCCAUUCCUCCACAUCUUUGGCAGUGAGAAGUUCAGGGGACAGGUUUACCUGAUAUGUGACUCCACACGUCACCUGCAAUCGAGUCAGAGUUUCACCUCACAGAAUGCAAGCAUAAGGACGUCCGUGUCCAGACAGACAUACGUGUGACAGCCUGGAAAGGCUGCUUACUCUCUCAGCCGAUCAGCCGCUUGCAGGCACGCAGCUGAUAGGUUUUUGAUUUACUGUGGAACAUAAGUAUGCGACAGUCAGGCAUAAGAGUAACAGUUUUUUUCUGACCAGCUUACAGUCACUAGUUAUGUAAAUGUUCUUAUUUUUGUAUGUAGCGUAAUUUUUUUGCAUUAAACCUCUUUGUU